CACCCGGAUGCUGCCAGUUACUACCAUUGUAUAUUUAGGUCUGUGUCUCUUUACACACAUGCUAUUUAACGACGUGUUUCUUUUUUCUUAUUAAGUAAACUGCGUAUUUUCUGCAAGGUUUCUACCCAACGACUCAGCACGGAUAUCAGUUUAAAUAUAAGGGGCGGUAAUUUAACAAUUAUGAUUAUGCUGACGGAGCAACGCGAGGUGCGCUUCUACUGAAUCGCGCUCGCCGGUGCGGUGGUGUAGCACCGAUCAGGAAACACCGAGGCUUCUGGUAGUCCGAAGGCCUGGCUGGAGCGUCGCUUCGGCGUUAUCCAAAGUUUUAACAACUAAGGUCCACAGUGCAGCGGGAUGUCGGACAGCGUCGCUCUGCAGCAUGUCAGCCCGUAUGCCUUUGAGGCCAUGCAGAAAGUAGAUGUAGUAUGUCUGGCAGCGCUGAGUGACCCAGAGCUGCGGCUGCUACUCCCCUGCCUCGUUCGCAUGGCCCUGUGCGCCCCGGCCGAUCAGAGCCACUCCUGGGCGCAGGAUAAAAAACUCAUCCUGCGUCUGCUCUCGGGCGUGGAGGCUGUCAACUCUAUUGUUGCACUCCUCUCAGUUGAUUUCCAUGCACUUGAGCAGGAUGCCAGGAAGGAGCAGCUUCUCAGACACAAGACUGGUGGCGGCAAUGGGGAGAGUGUUCUGGUUUCACAGCUUCAGCAUGGCCUCACACUUGAGUUUGAGCACAGCGAUCCCCUCCGAAGACUGAGGCUUGCCUUAAGUGAGCUAUUGGCCAUAAUGAACAAGGUUGCCGAUUCCAAUGGAGAGUUUUUCUUGAAGUCCUCUGAGCUGUUUGAAAGCCCUGUGUACCUGGAGGAAGUAGCAGAUGUACUCUGCAUCCUACAAGCAGAAUUGCCUUCCUUGCUGCCAAUUGUAGAGGUUGCAGAGGCCCUGCUGCAUGUUCGCAAUGGUGACUGGUUCCUAUGUCUGCUGGUUGCCAAUGUCCCAGACAGCUUCAAUGAAGUAUGCAGGGGCCUGAUCAAGAAUGGGGAGCGGCAAGACGAAGAGAGUGUGGGUGGGCGGCGCAGGACAGAGGCCCUGCGUCAGCUUUGCCAGAUGAACCCAUCUCAGGCACUCAAUGUCAGGGCAAUGGUGGUGGAAGCGUGUCAUCUGCCUGGCCUGGGAGUGGCCUUGACUCUCGACUACAAGCUGGACACUGCUGAUGAUGCAGUCAGCCCCCUUGUGUCCUUUGUCAGUGGGCUGCUGCUGGGCACCAAUAGCAAAGUGCGAACUUGGUUCGGCCUAUUCAUCCGCAAUGGGCAGCAGAGAAAGCGUGAGAGCAGCUCGGUGCUUUGGCAGAUGCGGCGGCAGCUACUGCUUGAGCUGGUGGGCAUUCUGCCACGCUCGCGCAGUACCCAUGUGCCAAAUGACAGUGAGGGUGACGUGUCUGCUGGCACCAUCUGCUCUGGCCUGCGCGAGGAGCAUGUGGUGAAGGCUAGUGCUCUACUACGACUCUACUGUGCCCUUAUGGGCAUUGCAGGACUCAGGCCCACUGAUGAGGAGGCCGAGCAGCUCCUCCAGCUGAUGACUAGCCGGCCCCCUGCCACUCCAGCUGGUGUGCGCUUUGUGUCACUGUCCUUCUGCAAAUUGCUGGCCUUCCCUACACUUGUUAGCACCCCUGAACAGGAGCAGUUAAUGGUGAUGUGGUUGAGUUGGAUGAUCAAAGAAGAGGAGUACUUUGAGAGUGCUGCAGGCGUAUCUGCUUCCUUCGGAGAGAUGUUGCUUCUGGUUGCAAUGUAUUUCCAUAGCAACCAGCUUAGUGCCAUCAUUGAACUGGUCUGCUCCACUUUAGGCAUGAAGAUUGUGAUAAAGCCAAGUUCCCUCAGUAAAAUGAAGACAAUUUUCACACAAGAAAUCUUCACAGAACAGGUAGUCACUGCCCAUGCUGUGAGGGUUGCAGUUACCAACAACCUGAGUGCCAACAUUACUGGGUUCCUGCCCAUUCACUGUAUCUACCAGCUCCUGAAAAGCAGAGCCUUCACCAAGUACAAGGUGUCAAUAAAGGAUUGGAUCUUCAGACAGCUUUGCGAGACUUCUGUGCCCCUCCACACCCAGCUUCUGCCUCUCAUUGAUGUCUACAUCAACUCCAUACUCACGCCAGCCUCCAAGGCCAACCCCGAGGCCACCAACCAGCCCAUUACUGAGCAGGAGAUCCUAAGCGUCUUUCAGGGCCUCACUGGAGGGGAUAGCAGCCAGGUACGGUGUCAUUACAGCAUUACCACGCAGCUGCUGGUCCUCUACUACGUAUUGUCCUAUGAAGAGUCCCUGUUGGCCAACACAAAAGCACUGGCCCUUAUGCAGAAGAAACCUAAGUCGUACUCAUCAACACUCAUGGACCAGAUCCCCAUCAAGUAUCUGAUUCGCCAGGCCCAGGGGCUGCAGCAAGAGCUGGGAGGGCUACACUCUGCACUGCUGCGACUCCUUGCCACCAACUACCCCCACCUGUGCAUGGUGGAAGACUGGAUCUGUGAGGAGGAGAUCACAGGCACAUUGCCUCUGCUCCGCAGGAUGCUGCUCACCAGCUCCACCAGAAAGUACUCGCAGAAGCAGCUCCAAGAGGCCUUCUGUACGCUUCCAUCCAGUGGGCCACGGCUGAUGCAGAUGCUAGAGUACCUGACCCUACUCUCAGCCAGUGACCUCAUCCCGUAUGCAGAGGCACUUACUUCCAGCAUGAGCCUGCUGCUGAGCAACGGGGUUUCCCGACGAGUUCUGCAGACAGUGAAUAAGCUAUGGAUGGUCCUCAAUACGGUGAUGCCCAGGAGGUUGUGGGUCAUGACGGUGAAUGCACUGCAGCCCUCCACAAAGCUCUUCCGGCAGCAAAAGUACACACAAAAUGACCUGAUGGUGGACCCACUUAUUGUGCUGCGGUGUGACCAAAGAGUCUACAGGUGCCCUCCACUAAUGGACAUAACGCUGCACGUGCUGAACGGCUACCUCCUUGCCUCCAAGGCCUACCUGAAUGCCCACCUGAAGGAGACAGCAGAUUUUGACAGACAGAGCCAGACUAUUUCCAGUCUGGGACUGGCUGGCCAGCCAGACACUCCUGAAGUGACACGGGAGGAGCUGAAGAAUGCCCUGCUGGCAGCGCAGGACAGUGCAGCUGUGCAGAUUCUGCUUGAGAUCUGUAUGCCAACUAGCGAGGAGCAGCAGCAGGGGCGCAGCGCUGAAAGUCUUUUGAAGGGUAUCAGCUGUGGCCCUACCAAUGUAAAGACAGAAGAAGGAGACGAAAUGGAAGUGGGGUCAUGGGCAGGGCAUGCUACAGAUGAGGAGCCAGAAAGGGGCUUGCUGAGUGACCUACGGGAGGUGCAGUGCCUGAUCUGUUCCCUGCUCCACCAGAUGUUCAUUGCUGAUCCCAACAUCGCAAAACUGGUCCACUUCCAGGGCUACCCCCAGGCCCUGCUCCCCUUGACAGUGGCAGGAAUACCCUCCAUUCACAUCUGCCUAGAUUUUAUCCCUGAACUCCUGGCCCAGCCACAGCUUGAAAAACAGAUAUUUGCCAUUCAGCUCCUGUCCCACCUGUGCACCCAGUAUGCUCUGCCCAAGUCUCUCAGUGUGGCUCGCCUGGCAAUCAGUGUCAUGGGCACACUGCUCACAGUUUUGACACAGGCAAAAAGGUACUCUUUCUUUAUGCCCACACUACCGUGCCUGGGAGCCUUCUGCCAAGCCUUCCCACCACUGUAUGAUGAUGUCAUUGCCCUGCUGGUCCAAGUGGGACAGGUGUGUGCCUCAGACGUUGCCACACAGGCUCGCGACGUGGACCCCAUCAUUGCCAGGCUGCAGUACCUGAAGGAGAGGCCAGUGGAAGCUGUAGCAGUGAUGUCAUCCACACCAAGUCUACCUGAUGAGCUGCACUGCACUGACCCAGCUGUACAGUUAUGCUACCGCAUUGAGGCCACCUUCAUGGACAUAAUCAGCUCCAGUUUACGUGGCGAGUGAGGCCACUACCUGUAAUGACCAAAGGAUAGGGGUCUCUUCACAGGAGGCCUGUUGUCUUUGCUCUUUGCAAGAGACCUCAGGUGGUCUCCAGCAUUUCUUCAGUGACCAGUGACAGAGUGCCAUUGUAAUCCAUUGAGAAAACAUUUCUAAUGGCCUAUUUUUAUAUCAGGGUUUGUAUUUAUGUGAGGUGUUACACAUUGUAGAUUUAUUCAGUAAGCCUUUUUCACUGCUGACGGUAGGCAGUGUAGCUUUUUUAAAAAACUUUUGUUUCACAAAUUUGUACAGUUCUCAUGCAUUUAAAAUGUUUAUAUUUUAGUACCCAUUUAUAGUACUUGCAUUUUGUGCUUUUUUCCAUGUGUUGGGGACUUCUGUACAUAUGAAAUUUUUUUUUUUUUAAAUGCUUUUCAUAAAAAGUUCAGAAAAUAGCAAACGCAAACAUCAGGCUGUCGUUGACAGGUGUGUGAGAUGGGUACCAGUCUUUUUUUUUUUGGGGGGAUGAGUGUUUUCUAGACCCACUUGAAAUACAUUAUCUGAAACUAAGUUAGACACUAACUAAGAAACCAGUUCAAACAACCUCACCACGAUCUUUAUACCAUUUGCAUAGGGCCACUGUUGACUGGCUUUGUGCUGCUAAAGAAGAAUAAAGACAGACCAACAUACCUUGGGGUGUUUGAAUUGGCCUUAUUGCAGGGCUGAUUAAGGGAAGACUAGGACAGAAAGGGUAGGUAGAUCCACAAAAGUAUUACUGUGUUAUUUACUGAAGUGAUGGCAAAAAUCCACAUCCACUAAGAGUAUACAUAGCUGUGUGCGUAAGUUUGAGUACCUUUGGUCAGAUGUUUUGGUGAGUUUCCAAGUUUUUAAAAAAAAAAAAAAAAAAAAAGCUAACACAGUCCUUGUAGGGAAACAAAUAUAUUUGUGCAAAUUUUAAUGCACAAUAAUUAUUUUUUUUGUUGAAUUUAAUAGAUUGGAAAAAUAAGACAUACAAAAUUCUGGGCACCUUGUUUUUCAGAAUUAGUAAUGCUACCUUCAGCAAAAACCACAGCCUCCAAAUGUUUCUUGUAGCCAGCUGUCAAGUCUGUUUUUUUUUUUUUUUUGUAAAUUCUUGUUUUAAGAAUUUUUCCCCCACUCUUCCUUGCAGAACACUUCUAGUUCAUAAAUAUUCUUAGGUUGUCUUGCAUGCACUGCAUGUUUGUGAUUUAUCCACAGCUUUUCCAUAAAGUAUGUAAAAUGAAAAUGAAAGCACAAAAAAUGACAAAGCAACAUAAAAACUAACACCAGGAUAAAGGACAUGGACACAUUAAUGCAUUUUGUGGAAUUUUACUGAGUGUUGUUCACACCAAAAAUCCAUUCAAAUUCAAAAAUUUCUUGCCUUACUAAAGACUGGCAAGACCAAGCCAAGCAGGGCAGCCUAUACUUUUUUGCAUAGCAACUCCUGGGGUUUCAGCCUGAUUUAGCAGGGCAGGCAGGAAAUGUAGUAUUCUCUUUAGUGGCCUUGACCUGCUGCCUGGCCACUGAGUGAGGUAAACCAGGUACAGAGAAGGUGCCCAGAGGGCUUUCCAAACUAUUACAAUUGCUCCUCUCAAAGUAGAGGAGCAGUGUUGCUACCUCAAGGGUCUUAAUGUUCACUGAGCUCAUCACUCCUGGGUGGAAUUGUGCUUCUUGUCCCUCUUCUGUGAAGAGCUUGCCAGAAAUUUUUGAGGAUGAAAAAUUCACUUCCUUUCAUCAAAAAAAUUAAACUAUAAAAUGUCUUGCCAGCUACCAGCAUUGUUUUCUCCCAAUUUAAGGUUAAGUACCUCCUUGGCUUUGGGUACAGAAAGGCAAUACAGGCUGUGAAAUUUUUAUCUAUAAUCUUGGGUCACAAGGGCAGUCACCAAGUGAAUGCCUGUCCAAUUUUUAAACUUUACAGUUAGACUUGUCAUGAAUACUGUAUUGUCUUGGAGGUACUGCUAUUUCAAGAUUAGAUCAGGGAUCAUAGGUCAUACAUCAGAGACUGGUGACAACUGAGGAAUGGGGCCCAAUGGUUUCUGUGAGGUUUUUGUAACUCCUGUGGUUGGGUGGUUGGUGUUAUCUCACCUCUGUAACUCCAGAAUUUGCCGCUCAGCUGACCGUACACUCCAUAU